UUAGUAAUUAUAUCAAUUUCUCUUGAAUCGGAGAUAAUCUGAUUGUAACUUUCUUCAGUUCACAACACAAGAAAACCUUUCGGCUUUUCGUUUGUCAACAGAUUGGUUCGGAGUUCAUCUAUAAUUCUUGGCUGCGACAUCGUCAAAUCUAGUAAAUUAAUUGCAUACACAGGAAUCUUCCCAAACGAAGUUAGUUGAUUCGACACUGCAAAUCGUUUAUAUAACAUGAGCAGCCAAAGAUUCUCUUCAUCUUCUUCUUCUUCUUCUUCCGGUGGUUGGAAAUAUGAUGUAUUUCUAAAUUUUGAAGGUGAAGACACUGGCAAGAAUUUCGCAGAUCAUUUAUAUGUUGCUUUGAAUGAAGAAGGAUUUAAAGUAUUUAAGGGUGACAGAGAAAUGGAGAGAGGAACACCCAUUCCACCAGAAGCUGUAAGAAAAGCAAUUGCAGAAUCAAGAAUUUCAAUUGUUGUUUUCUCGAAAAGUUACGCUUCUUCUACUAGCUGCCUGGAUGAACUUGCAUGGAUUGUUCAAUGUAAGAACACAAUGGAACAAACGAUUAUUCCAAUUUUCUAUGGUGUGGAACCACGUGUGCCAAGGCAUCAAAAUCGAGACUUUCGAGAAGCCUUUGAUGAACAUGAAGAAACUUUCAAACAGAAUAUGGAGAUUGUGGAGAUGUGGAGGGAGAGUUUAACAGAGGUGGCCAAUCUCUCUGGAUAUCACUUGAAGGAUAGGUAUGAGUAUGAGGCAGAUUUGAUUAAAGACGUUGUUAAACAAGUAAAAAGAAAGUUAAGUGUUUCUGCUUCAAGAUUGACGAAUCUGAGGAAAGUAAUGGUUGGAGUGAGUUCAUGUUUAGAGCAGCUACGAAUACAGGCAGCAGAGAUGAUACCAGCACCAAGGUUUCAACGGGGGCAAACUCUGAUAGCCCCUUUGGUUUUUUUUUUUUCCUUAGGAGGCUGGUAUUUAUAGACAAAAAUUGGCGUUCUUACUGCUGAAGAUAAUUUCGUUGACCACUGUUUCAGCUUUGAUUCAUUGGCUGCCGUCACAAUUGAUGAGGUUUCCUGGAAUUUGAGUUUCAACCUUCUCAUCACUAUUAAAAUUUUCUCUUCAUUUUAAGUAUUACGUGCAAAUAUCAUUUUACUUGGUUUUGUAUGAUUGAAUUUUUAUUUUUAAUUUAAUAUUACAUAAUUAUAUGGUGAACAUUCAUUCCAUAUAAAAAAAUGUUAUAAAACACCCAUUCUAUGUAUGUAUUGGAUAGAUGUUUCAUACUA